AAAGUAGUUGAUAUUUUGAGAAGAGGAAAUUCCAUUAUUGCAUCUUUUAGGCACAAGGAACUGGAAAAUGGCAUUUUUCAAAAGUUUUCAGCAGAAUCUGCCUUCGGUGUCCUCCCUGGUGGACACAAUCAGUAGUGCUGUAGAAGAUCUGAGCACUGCAGUUGGGGAAGUCAGCUAUGCCAUAACUGACUCAGUCGCUGGGCAGGUAGCAAGUAUGAUGCAUGGCUUUUGCCCAGAGGAGGGAAGGUGCACAGAAGAGUCUUCAGGGUCUUCUAAAGCCCAAAAUGCAGUAUUGCAGGAUACCUUCAAAAAUACUGCUUGUCAGAAAACACAGUCUGAUUUAGAUCACAAGGCAAAGCAAAUAACCUGCUGCAACACUUCAACUCCACAAAAACAAGAGCAAGAAAUAUAUGAACAGGGGUUAUGUAUUCAUGAUGGGCAGUGGGCAACCUCACAAUACCAAGAAGCUGGAGAGGCUGGUGGUUUUGCUUUGAAAGGCCUCAUGAGUGAUGGGAUAUCAGCUGUCAAGCAGAAAAUGAGGCCUGCACCCACUCACCAUGAACUGGAACAGACUGACAUAUGUGAAAUAUUUGGAAUGGGAAUCUCUGAGAAUGAUAAAAAUCAUUUAAAUGAGGUAAGUUAUCAAGAAGUGAAAGGGAGUCUGAGCACCAGUGGACGGAACAUUCUCUCUGUGCACAAGUGCAUGGUCACAGACAACUCUAAAGCCAGAUUGCAGCAUGUACCUGUGGGAAGAGAGCAAGAGAAAUCAGGGAAUGUCACUAAAAAUUUAGAGCAUUCUGACCAUUUAGAAAAGGCUCAAAAACAUAAUAAACAUGAUGGAUUUAAAGGGAAUGAAUGUUCAGGAAAUGAGUGUUCACCAGAAGAUACCACGAGAAACAACACAUACAGGGCACAGAAAUCCAUUGUGAAGGAAGACACAUGUUCAGCUCCGUCAACAAAUUGUAGAAACAUGUUUCCCAGGAAAAUCAAAGAAAAAAUAAAUCCAACAAAAUACUACAAAGUGAAAGGAGACGUGAAAGCAAAGAAAAAUGAAGCCAGUUCUGCUAAGAGAGGAACAGCAAUGAGUAAAGUUGGCAAAUACUCUAAGAUAUUACCAGAAAAAGAUAAUUCCUACAUGGACAGAGAUGAUCCUGGUUCAUCCUCUGAAAGUGAAGAUGAAGCGCUGGGUAAAUAUCACGAGGCCUUAUCCAGAACACACAAUUCCAGGUGGCCCUUGGUAGAUUCUAGACAAAAAAGCUAUGCCUGGGAAACAAGGCAGAAGUACAGCCCCCUCUCUGCAGAGUACGACGGGUACAGCACUGAGGCAUCCAUGGAGGACGGAAACUGCAUUCAGAGGAUGAGGAGGACACCUCCACUGGAUGAGCUGCAGCCGCCACCUUACCAAGACGACAGUGGUUCUCCUCAUCUCUCAUGCACACCCUCUGAAAUUGGGGAUGCCAAGUGCGAGAUUUCUCACUGCAGCAACAGCCCACGGUGUUCUUUCAACAAGUGUCCCAGUGAAGGAAGCACAGGUCACGAGGCUGAGAGCUAUCACAACAAAGGAUAUGAAGAUGAUGUCCCUAGCGACAGCACAGCAGUCCUUAGCCCUGAAGACAUGUCAGCUCAAGGAUCCUCCUCGCAGCUUCCUAAACCUUUUGAUCCAGAGCCAGAAGCUAAAUAUGGCACCCUGGAUGUGACUUUCGACUAUGACUCUGAAAGACAGAAGCUUCUGGUAACAGUGACAGCUGUCACAGACAUUCCAACAUAUAACAGGACAGGUGGCAACUCGUGGCAGGUACACCUUGUUCUUCUACCUAUAAAAAAACAGAGAGCCAAAACCAGCAUCCAGAGAGGACCAUGCCCUGUCUUCACAGAAACAUUCAAAUUUAACCACGUUGAAUCCGAGAUGAUUGGAAACUAUGCAGUUAGGUUUAGACUAUAUGGCGUCCAUCGCAUGAAGAAAGAAAAGAUUGUGGGGGAAAAGAUUUUUUAUUUAACAAAGUUGAAUCUUCAAGGGAAAAUGUCGUUACCUGUGAUACUGGAACCUUCGUACAAUCCUUCUGGCUGCGACUCUCAGGUGAGCUUGUCUGAGGUGUCCUGUGGUGACAGUGCAUCUUCCUGUCAGUCUCUUGAACAUGGCUCUGUUCCAGAGAUCCUCAUCGGGCUCCUUUACAAUGCCACCACUGGAAGACUGUCAGCAGAAGUGAUCAAAGGCAGCCACUUCAAAAACCUGGCAGCAAACAGACCACCCAAUACAUAUGUUAAGUUAACACUGCUGAAUUCCAUGGGCCAAGAAAUGUCCAAAUGCAAGACAUCCACCCGCAGAGGGCAGCCAAAUCCAGUGUACAAGGAAACUUUUGUUUUUCAAGUGGCCUUGUUUCAGCUUUCUGAUGUGACUCUGAUACUGUCUGUGUAUAACAAGCGCAGCAUGAAAAGGAAGGAGAUGAUAGGCUGGAUUUCCUUAGGUCUUAACAGCUCCGGGGAGGAGGAGCUCAGACACUGGACUGCAAUGAAGGAGUCAAAGGGACAGCAAGUGUGCAGGUGGCACGCACUGCUGGAGUCCUGAGGAAGAGGGAAGAUGGAGUCCUGAGGAAGAUGUAAGCCCAGCACUGCCUCAGAGGAGCUGUUCCCUGGAGAGUCCUCUUCAACACCCUACCACAACGCUUCACAUCAAUGAGAGACCAUCCAAUGCUGAGCUGAGGGGAAGGAAGCUUUGUCUCUGUUAGAGCGAGCUCACAUGAGAAACCAAGAAACUUGUGUCCUUAAUGUUCAGUAGCCCUCCAGAAAUUGAGCUGCAUACUGUUUAUUUGAACUCGAUUUUCUUAGUGAAAGAACUAGGAAUUCCAUGGAGCUUGUGGCUUUAAACCAGAGUUUCCAUUGCAGCACUACAUAUCAUCACCCACAUGCUGUCCAUAAGGCAUUCGGAUGGCCAGUCCUUGGGUGGAUCUCAGUGAGCACAGUCCUGUCUCAAGGUGAAGGUUUACUGACACUAAUGAUAGUUUUAUUUCACAUAUGUUAUCUCUGUGCCUCAGCCUUUCUCUAUAGUACUAACCCAAGUGCAAAAUUCCCUGAAGGAUAGUUUAAGGUUGGUUUGUUUGAUGUUUAUUUCUUUACCUCCUUUUUUUUUUUUCCGGAUCCAAAGAGAUCAUGCCUACCCUUAUGGUCCCUUACAAACCUUUAUGACUGUACUGCAGAACUUCAUAACUUUAUGUUCAAGCC